AUGUCAUCCACCAAAGUUCUCGUUGUAGGUGCCACUGGUCGUUUAGGAUCCUUGAUUACCUCUGCCUUGUUGAACAAACCAACAGUUCAAGUUUCUGCAUUGAUCAGAAAGGGAAGUGAAACCAAAGCUGAACAAUUGAAAGAAAAGGGAGUUCAAUUGAUUAGUGGAGCAUUGAAUGAUUCUGUAGAGGAAUUACAACAAGCAUGUCAAAAUGUUGAUGUUAUUAUUAGUGCUGUUAUUGGUUCUGAAGACACCAUUUUGGAUGGUCAACUAAGAUUGUUGGAAGCUGCCAAGAAGGCUGGCGUUAAACGUUUCAUUCCUUCUGAUUAUUCUGCUGAUUAUUUAAGAGCUUCCAUUGGUGAUCAUGAUCACUUUGAUAUGAGAAAGCAAGUUGCUGAACAAGUGAAACAGUCAGGAAUUGGUUACACUAUCUUUUUGAAUGGAGUUUUCAUGGAAACUUUCUUUGGACCAUUCUUGAACAUAAUUGACACCAAGAAUCACAAGAUUACUUAUUAUGGAUCUGCUGAAACUCUUGUUGAUACAACUACUUACGAAGAUGCUGCCAAUUAUGUUGUCGAAGCUGCUCUUGAUCCAGAACAAUUGAACAAGAUUGUUACUGUUUCUGGUGAUCGUGUCACCUAUACUCAACUAGCUCAACAAAUUGAACAAGUCACUGGACAUAAGAUUACAUUGGAAAGAAAAGGAAAUGUUGAGGAUCUUAAGAAACUCAUUGAAACUACCAAAAAUACCACUCAUAACGUUUGGGCCUACAUUGGAAUGCAAUAUCAAUACGCUCUUCACAGUGGAAUUUGUGAAUUGAAGAAUAUUCAAAAUAACAAGUAUCCAAAUGUUCAACCAACUUCUAUCAAGCAAUGGCUUGAAAAGAAUAAGAACAUAUUUUAA